AUAAUGGAAACUCUAUUGGCUUUGUUGUUUGCUCUGAUGUGUUUUGGACUUCUGAGUAAAGCCCAAACUACAAUCUCUCUUGAGGAUGCAAUCAGAGUGGCUUUGCCUGGAGAUAAAUUCAUUCUUAAUUUUAAUGUGACUGUGCAAGUGAACCAAAGCUCAGAUCAUUUUGUCUGCCGCAAUUCAAAGAGCGGUAGAGAGAUACAUAAAAGUAAUAUUUCAACAACUACAUCUGCAAAACUCUUUCCUAUGGGAUUGGAAUUUGUUGCCCACAACAGUUCAAAUUCUGGAGAAUACAACUGCAGGUACAAGAAUGCAGUAGUGUACUGGGUCGUCCUGGUGAGAGAUGAGGGGUACAAAGAACCACCCUCUUAUUCUCAUAGUGGGACCCUCGUCGUGAUUAUGCUGACUGUGGGACUCACCCUCUUCAGUGUCAUUGGAUCUGCUCUUCUUUGUAAAGGCUACAGGGAUCAGAGGAUUCCGAGGCAGGAGAAUAAUGGAGAGGGGAGAGACAGGGGAGAAGGGGAAGGUGAAAUUAGAGAUGAAGCUGUUACCGGUGGAUCAGUUUACUCAGCUCUUGAACAUGGCACAACUUCAAUUUAUAAUGUAUUGGACCCAGCAGCUCAAAAUAAUGAAAUGGACCGAAGGCAGACAAAACAGAAUGUCACAGAUGAGACUCAAAACGCCCAAAAGGAAGAAGAAAUAUUUGAAUCUGUCUAUGAAAAUUUCUGAUUCACCAUUGCUCUCAUUUUCUUGCAUUCUCUUUUCCUCUUUUACCUACCUUUACCUCCAUG